CUGUUUCCUGUGCGCGGCUGCUCAGUGAAAGAUGGUGCACAGUUUGUUUGGUUUAACUCCCGUUUUUUUUGUUUUUUUGUUUUACCGAGGAGCAGCUUGUACGGGGACAACACACACCGAGAGCCGGACACAGAGUGUGUGAGGGGGGAGCGGCAGUGCUGCCAGCGGGCAGACCAUGCUCUUACUCCAGCUGCCAGAGGAUGUCCUCUAUCACAUCUUGUCUUAUUUGGACUGCAGGUCUCUCAGUCGUCUCUCUCAAGUCUGUAAAAGCGUUUACCGCUUUGUAAACCGGGACGCUGUGUGGAGGAGGAUCGCCAAAGAGUUUCUAAACACGGGGAUCAGUCGGGACGGCACGGACAUAUAUCCUCACAUCCCACUGAAGGAGAGAGUGAAGAUAGCUCAAAACUGGUGUGGUGGGAUCUGCAAAAGGGCAAUUCCUCUCAAAUGGAAAACAAAACUGUUGCCAUGGUUGCAGCUGGAUGGAGAUGUACUGUAUCUAUCUCAGGCCUCUGAGAUUGGAGCGUACCACGUGCGCCGAGACUCUGGGAGACUCCAGCGUAACCCAUUUGAAAUCUACUCAGGCCACAAUGGUGAUGUGUGUCACUUUGUCCUGACGGACUCUCACCUGAUCAGCGGUGGAAGUGACGGCAAGAUCCUGGUCCACAGUAGGACGAGUGACAUGUCGGUGGAGUUAUCGGGUCACAACCAGGAAGUCAACUGCCUGGACUCUAAAGAUGGACUCAUCAUCAGUGGAUCCAGGGACAGAACAGCCCGGAUCUGGACUUUGGCUUCCUCCUGCCCCAGAGUCACAAUUCCCAUGUAUGACAGAGUGUGGUCUGUUGCCAUUAGUCCCACAAUGAGCUCCUUUGUCACAGGAACUGCAUGCUGCAAGAACUUUUCCCCUCUUCGCAUCUGGGAUGUAGAACGGGCGGAGUGUGUGUGCAGUCUGGGCUCAGAGUUUCGGCGCGGGGCCGGGGUGUUGGACAUGGUGUUUGAGUCUCCUUUCCAGCUCUUUACCUGCGGCUAUGACACCUUCAUCCGGCUGUGGGACCUCCGACUCAGCCCACGGAAGUGUGCGAUGGAGUGGGAGGAGCCUCAUGACAGCGCUCUGUACUGCAUCCAGACUGACAGGAAUCACAUGAUAGCCAGCGGCUCCUCGUACUACGGUGUGGUACGACUCUGGGACAAACGGCAGACUGAAUGCCUGCAGUUCUUCCAGCUGAGCUCAGACCCAGUGAGCAGCCCAGUUUACUGCCUGAGGUUCAGCAGCGCUCAUCUGUACGCAGCCCUGGCCACCGCUCUGCACUCACUGGACUUCAGACAGAACCCCAUGUCCACGAGAUGAUACACACACACACACACUAAUUUAUUAGUUCAAUAAAGUUGUCUAUUUUCACAAUAAAUGUUUUCAA